ACUGGGACAGUUGGAUUAUUGAGUCUCUUUGACCACCGAGGAUAUCUGUGUUCGUGCUGAUAAAUUCUUGAUAAAAACACAUGUGUGUAAGAGCAAAAUGAGGAAGCUGCUUCUGGUCUGCACGGUAUUUAUGGCGAUGUUUGUUACAGGUGAGACCCUGACCUGUCAAACCUGCAGAGUGGGGUUUGUAGGGAAAUGUAUGUUCGGCUCCACGGAAACCUGCAGUGACUCUGAGCCCAACUGCUUCCGCGGAAACCUGGCCUUCAACGUCAGCAGUCUGGUGAUGCUGCAGACUCAAGGCUGCCUGAACUCUACCCUCUGCAACCGGACUGAAGUGGGAACUCUCCUGACCGUCGGCUACACUGUCACCAAGACAUGCUGCAGCACCGACCUCUGUAACGGUGCCUCGUCCAUCCAGCUCCCUCUCUCUGCUGCUUUGGUCGCCGCCCUAAUGGUUGUUUGGAGCAACUGCCUCCUUUAAAACUAAAAUGAACAAGAAUUACAAGCAGGAUCUUCCGUCUUGAAAAAUCUUUACAUCUUCAUCCAUAUGGGAAACAAGUGACUGCAUGAA